UCAGAGGGUUGGAGGCAAAGCCUCUCCGCAGUCCUGCCGUGUCCUGAGGAUCAAACCCCGCCCCAAGGUCACAAGAGGGGCCCCAAAGGGCCCCGGAGGUGGUCAUGGGCGCCAUUUUUUGCUGCUGCUGCUCCAGCAAGGAGGAUGACGAAAAGACGGAGCAGAAAUUUGCCAAGGGCGGCGACAAGGAUAUCUCUGGGGGCCCAGUGAAGAAUCGGCAUUGCACAGACCUCCUGUGCCUCAUCCUCUUCAUUGUGCACUGGGGUGCCUUCUGCGCGGUGAUCUUUGUAGGCAUGCAAGACGGGGAGCCCGCGAAGCUGUAUCAGCCGCGCGAUUUCAAAGGCGACUACUGUGACCUGGGGUCCUUGGUGGGAGCAACAAAGCUCCUGAGGACGCUCAACGUCUCAGCGACGGUGGACGAGGUCGCGAAGCAGCUGAUCUGCUCUACCGCAGCCGAGAAUGCCCUGUCGGGUGUGAUGACUACCGCGCAGAUGGACGAGUACCGCUGCGCCUGCUGCAAGAUGCCCUGCGCCAACUGCGAGAGCAACCUGGGCCUCGAAGACCUGCAGGACGGCGCGUCUUUGUCCAGCGCCAUCGGCACCAGGAUGUCGGAGUUCACGGACCCCACGAAGGCGGCGACGCUCUUCAGCAGCGGCAGCGCCAACGCGAUGUCCUUCAGCGCGGAGGACGUCUUCGGAGAGAUGACCAAGUUUAUGGUGGCAACGUGCUUGAACCAGACCUCCUGUGCGGCCCCCACCGUAAACACCACCACCUCAGGCGCCCGCAGCUACGUGUACUCCCCGACCCCAACAGAGCCCUGGAAGUUCGCGUGGGACGUGCUGGCCAGCAACGCGGGCAUUCCAGCGGACAUCAAGGACACCAUCAACAACGAUUUCACCUUCACGGCACUUCCGGAGGAGGUAUGUCCCUACCACCAGCGCUACUGCAUCCCCUUCCCUGGUGUGGCCUUUGCAGAGGGCUCCUUGAGCCAGUGCAUCCCCAAAGUGGACGCGGGCGUCACGGCGGUGCUCGGGGAGGCCAUGUCCUCCGCCCUCCAAGGUGCCAGCGAGCAAGCUCUGCGGCUUAUGGACUCCAGUUCCGGCGUCUUCGGCGAGAUGAUGUCCACCAUGGAUUCCUUCUGCGUGGUGCUCUUCUUCUCCUUCGUCAUCGGCUUGGUCUUCCUGGUCUUGCUGCGCUUCGUGGUGGGCGUCGUGGUCUGGGCCUCCGUCUUUCUGGUAGCCGCGGGCUUUGCCUUCGGAGGCCUCAUGAUGUACAUCCGCUCCUUCCAGUGCAGCGGGGCUGGGAUCCUCGAGACGGGCUUCAGCACAGGCGUGCAGGUGGUUACCACGGUGGCGGUGGCCGCGCAAGACGCUGUGUCGGGCACCACGCUCAGCGAGGCCAUGACGGGCAACGGCCAGGACUACCGGGGCGGCCAGCGCUACACGCGGAGUCUCUACCAGUGCCAACAUUGGGACAAAGACAGCCCACACGUCAUCAGCUACAACCUCACAGCGUACCCCGAGCUCCAGCAGAACUACUGUCGCAACCCCGACGGCUUGGCCCAGACGAUCUGGUGCUACACCACCGACAAGAACAAGCAGUGGGAGCUCUGCGACCCAGUGGGCUUGGCUUUGCCCGAGUGCACCAAAGGCUACGCGGUGGAGGAUGGGACUUUACGCGACGUGUUGAAGGCCUUCGCCUACAUCAUUUGGGCCUUCGGGGGCAUUUGGAUCAUCGCGGUGUGCUUCCUGCAGAAGCGGAUCCGGCUGGCGGUGGCGGUGAACAAGGUGGCAGCGCAGUUCGUGUACAACAAUCCGACCAUCCUCGCGGUACCAGUUGUCCAGAUCGCCAUUGGAUUUGCCUGGCUUCUGAUCUGGAUCGUGUGCGCCUCCUUCCUCCUCUCGCAAGUGCCGGCGGCCUACACGCCAACGGACUCCUUUGCCACCUACAUGGAAGCGUUUGGCAAUGACACCACCCCCGGUGCCUGCACCGACAAGUGGCCCAGCGGCACCGUAUGGAAGUACGAGGGCGACCUCAGCUCUGCGAACGACACCUGCUCCGGAGUGUACGGCGACACCACCGGCAUGGAGCCGAAGUGCUGGCGCUGCUACCCGCCUCGCUACGCCUUUGACUACAAGUUCGCGGGUGCUUUCUUUACCCUGCUGUGGAACAACGCCUUCCUGGUGGCGUUGGGCCAGCUUAUUGUGGCGGGCGCCUGCGCGCAGUGGUUCUUCACCUCCGAUGAGCGCCGCGGCAAGGAGAACGUGAUUCGCCAGUCCCUUCGCAUCGCCUUCCGCUACCACUUGGGCACGGUCGCCUUUGGUGCCUUCAUCCUGGCGCUGGUCCAGUUCAUCAGGUAUCUCUGCAAGUACUUUGAGAAACAGGCGUCGGCGCAGAAGAACCGGGUGAUGGCCCUAGUGCUCCGAGUGCUGGGAUGCGUCAUUUGGAUCAUCGAGAAGUGCAUCAAGUUCCUCAACAAGAAUGCGUACAUUCAGGUGGCGCUGAUGGGCACCAACUUCUGCACCUCCGCGAAGAACGCCUUCCAGCUGAUUCUCCGCAACAUGGUCCGCUUUGGUGUCGUGGCGAUUCUGGGCACGGUCAUCCAUUUCAUCGGCUGGACGGUGAUCACGAUCACCACUGCGGUGGUGGGGUACUUUAUCUUUCAGGCCUUCCAUCCUGACGCGGACCCCUUGCUGCCGAUGCUGACUUACAUUGCUGCCGGGUACAUGGUAGCGCACUUGUUCAUGAGCGUCUUCGGCCUCGGGGUGGACACCUCCCUGCAGUGCUUCAUCGCCGCGGAGGAGAUGGGCAUCGCUGAGGAGUACGUGCCAGAUGCGCUGAAGACCUUGGUGGAUAAAAACCCGGGCAAGAAGAAGUGGGGCUUGUUCUCCAAGAAGGUGGCUCCAGCGUAGAGCCUCAGAAGGAGAGCGGGGGACUCUCAGCGCUGAAACGGCCGCCUAGCUGGUGGUAGGGAGUUCUCCGACGGGGUAGCAAGAUCCAGUCGACGUGCAAGGUUUCACCGGCAGUCGCCACCACGAGGGGUCCUGAACCCAAAGCCGGGUGUCAACAGGGCGGCAUCUCUCCUCAGAAUGCCGAGC